CAACAUUAGAUUUUAAUUUUUGAUUACAUACAACCUGGCGUCAACUAUCCUCCAGCUUGUCACUCUCUCUCUCUCCUUCCCUUCACCUUCUUUCUUCUCUCCUCUAUAUAUACUCUCUUUUCUCCCUUUUUUCUUCACAAUUACUAAUUCAUUUCUAGAAUCAUUAAAUUCAUUUCUCUAAAUUCAAGAAAUUAAAUAAAUUUAAGGAAAAAGAUUAAACUAAUGGGUAUAUGUAGUUCUUGCGAAUCGACGGCAGUUGUAACGGCCAAAGUUGUAUUACCAGAUGGAAGACUAGAGGAAUAUUCUUACCCAGUAAAAGUUUCUUAUCUUCUAUCUAAAGAUCCCAAUGUUUUUAUUUGUAAUUCCGAUGAGAUGGAUUUUGACGGCGUCGUUUCAGCUAUUCGAGAUGAUGAUGAGCUUGAACUUGGAUCUCUUUAUUUUGCUUUGCCUAAGUCUAAACUUAGCCGACCACUUCAAGCCGAAGAAAUGGCGGCUCUGGCAGUUAAAGCUAAUUCGGCUUUGUUGAAAAGCCGGUCCGGAGAUAAAUGUGGAUGCCGAAAACGUCAUGGGUUUUUUGGCGGGGAUGGGGAGGAGAAAUAUACUGCUAAGGUGGCGGAUGUGGGGUCCGCUGCUGGACGACGAAUGAGAAGUAUUGGGAAUGGGAAUGGGAAUCGGAAUCGCAGUAGACGGAAUGGGAAUGGAGCACAGAAAUUGUUUAUUGCUAAUUUAACUGCAAUUCCUGAGUAAAUUGGGAGUAAUGGUAGUUUUUGUGAAUAUAUAAGAUUGUAAAUUAGAUUUAGAUAAGAUGAGAUUUUUUAGUGGUUUUGUUAAAUGGGUUUUUUUUCCCACAAUUUUGUUCAUUACUUGGAAUAAUUACAAGGACUGAUAUUACUCAAUAUUAUCAUCUCGAUUUAAUUC